CUGCGCAAACAAUAUCCGAAUUUACACGUCUACACAUAUGGUGCUCUCCCAUGUGUGGGUCUGGUGGUAGCAGAUGCUUGUUCAGAAUUCAUUACCAGCAUUGUAAACAAUGAUGAAUUUUCAGCUCGCCUUUCAGUAGCAUCAAUUAUGAGACUUCAAGCAGCUGCACUUAGGGCACUAUCAGAAGAUGGCACUGUUGAUAUUACAACAAUUUUUAAACUUGCUCAUCACUUUACUUCACUGAGUGUCUGUCAGCAAAGCAUGAAUGAUGGAGAAUCGUCAGUGAAUUCUUUGACAGCAAUGUCAAAUUGUACGAACAAAAUCAACCAUAGCCAGCAUGAAAAUGGAUUAGCAAAGCACGAACCAGGAUCCUCUUUUUUGCAUGACAUAGAUACAGAUUUUAGCUCUGAUGAUAAAAUCGGUUCAACUGAUUCAUCAAAUCGUUUCAACAGUCCUUUUAAUUGUUCUACUUCUGAUUCGAGUCCAUUUGGUGAUCCUUUAGCCGAGUUUAUGGAGGCUGUUCCAUCUUCUGAACAUAAGUCAUCAUUGAAUAUCCCAGAGUUAUUUUUACCUGGUCUUGUUAUCCAUAUUGUGCCACAGAAGGACGGCCUUCAGAAACCAUUGUGGAAACGCUGGAGAACUUGGGAGAGAAGCUGCAGGUAUAGGGCCUAUGUAGCAAAAAGAGAAGCAUUCAAAGAUAUAAUAGUAUCGCCAUACAUGUUCCUGGACCAUCUACCUUGGAGAUGUCAGAAUGCACUGGAAAAUAUACUGAAGACCGGAAACGUUCAAACUCCAGAUGAUGCAUCUGAAAUUGUGUGAUUGCCGACAGUAAGGACAAUUAAAUGAACAAGCAUUUACUUUCAAAGGGUGUAACAGAUCAACAGAAGCAUGUCUAUUGUCACUUUUCCAGAGAAGAUUCGACAUUAUAUCGCUUGUCAUUGUUUCCAGUAUAUUCCUUAAGUGUGAUGUAUAAAUAUCCUUGCAUAAGUUGUUUUGUAUUAGAUGAAUCACGACCUUAGAAGAGCCGUACCUAGAACUGCGUCAUAAGAAGUCAGUUGAAUCAUUUAUGUAAUUGUAUAAGCACUUCUGUGAUUACUGCCGAACGAUUCCUUAAUUUCUGUGAGGGUUCAAUUAAAAGUGAAUCUUGUCAUC